UGGCAGCAUAUCUCUCUGCAUUUAUUGUUCUAUCUUUUAUAUAGGUGUGAUAUAAAAAUUUAAUACAAUUGUGGUAGUAUCAAUAUUCUGUCUAUGUGAAGAGAAGUUUUAAUCAGCUGUAAUCUGGAUGGAAUUUGGUGAAGGAGAUACAUCAGUAGAUAUAGCUUCUGAUGGGAGCAUCCUGUAUGUGACUGCAAAUGAAUCAUCAGAUCAUUCCUUGAAUGACAUCACUUCCAUCAAGAAAAAUCUCCCAUCUCCUGAGGAAAUUCUGGCACUGCAAAAGCCAGAAUCUGUGAAUCUUAGACCAGCUUGGAAAGGAAAAUUGGAGUCAGGAUCAUCAGAUAUCCAUAGCCAUAAUUGUGAGACUCAACACUCACAAUCUCAUGAUAGUUUAGUUCAAUCUCAAUCAGGAGCCAGGGCAUCACAAGAUGGAGGUCAUCUUGUAGAAGUUGAGGAAGAUGAGGAGGCACCAGAAGCAGUCAUUGUUCAAGGAUCAAUGCAUUUCAGUCUUGGCUCCUCUAUGCCCAAGAUCAAUGCAUCACUUGAACUGAAUACACCUGCAUUCUGUGUGGAUGAGAAAGUGGAGUUGGUAAGGCCCAUGAGUAGGGAAAUGGAAUCAGAUUCUGGCACUACCUCCCAAUCCUUGGGAGAAGAUUCAGGAAUCAUUAGUCCAAGUACAGAGCCUAUGGAUGUCACACCAAGUGAAAAAGUUGCCCCCAUGCUGGGUGCACAAAAGGUAUCUGAUUUCAUACAUUCUGGUACCAAAAAUUCUGAAGCAAGAGAUGUUUCGGCUGGGGAAAAUGAUAUUGAAAAUGGAAGUCCAGUCAGUCACCUUGAUGAGGGGGAAUGGACUGAGGCAUCUGAGGAAGAUACUGAAGAAAAUGAAGCUCAACAUGAGCUAACAGAUGUUAACUUCAAUGAAAAGGAGUUGCCAACAACAGUGUCUGUACUGAAGGCAUGGAAUGGAAGCAAAGUGUUCCUUGUUGGGACAGCACAUUUUAGCAGAGAAAGCCAACAGGAUGUUGCAAAAACUAUCUCAAUGGUUCAGCCACAUGUGGUCAUGGUGGAAUUGUGUAAGAGCAGAGUCUCCAUCCUUAGUAUGGAUGAAGAAACUAUCAUUGAAGAGGCCAAAAAUAUCAACUUUGAAAAGAUCAAAGCCAGCAUGAAAGAGAAUGGUGUUGUACAGGGUCUCCUCUACCUCCUCCUCCUGAAUAUGACAUCUCAUAUCACCAAGGAGCUUGGAAUGGCUCCAGGGGGAGAGUUUCGUACAGCAUUUCAUGAGGCAAAAAAUGUGCCCCAUUGCAUUGUGCAAUUGGGUGAUAGACCAAUUCAAAUCACAUUGCAGAGAGCUCUUGGGUCAUUGGGGCUCAGACAAAAAAUCAAGCUGGCCUGGCACCUAAUCACUUGCAAGGAUCCUAUCAGUAAGGAGGAAGUGGAGAAAUGCAAAAAUAGAGAUCUAUUGGAAGAGAUGCUGGCUGAAAUGGCUGGGGAAUUUCCAGCUCUUGAUGAAGUAUUUGUCAAAGAAAGGGACCUUUAUUUGACUCACUCCUUGCAUCUUGCUACAUCCCAGUCAGAUGUACCAAUGAGGGUGGUGGGUGUGGUUGGGAUUGGGCAUGUACCAGGAAUCGUUCGCAACUGGAAUAAGAAAUUGAGUGAAGUUGAGUUUUCUCAGCUGCUUCUCAUUCCACCCCCCUCACGCUUGGGUCGUGUUAUCAAGUUUACCAUCAAGGCUUCAUUCCUGGGACUUACUGCAUAUGCUUGCUAUCGUAUCUUCCCAUUUCCAAAGAUAGUCCAAGAAAGUGUCCAAGGAUUCACCAAUAAGAUUCGUACUUCCUUUGGUCGCUGAUUUGCUUUUCUUAUCCUUCAGGUUGACUUUUUGUGUGAAAGUGAAGAGAAAAGUAUCUGUGAUUCAUAGGAUGGCUGAAGAUUGCUACAGCCAUUUGGAACCAAACAUUUUGUACACUUCAGAGAAUGUCCCUGGCCCAGACUGCAACAAAGAGGACUUUGAAAUACAGUACCUUGGCUGUGAAUGUAAUGCUACAAGAUGUGGUUCCUGUAUAGAGUUAGGAUCUUCCUGCUCCUGUGUGAUGCACUUUGGACACAGCUACUCUGAAAAUCAUCUAGUAUCCAUUGAGCGAGGAAAAUUUCCCAUUUAUGAGUGUCAUUCACAGUGCUCUUGCAAUCCUGAUUGUGGAAACAGACUUGUGCAGUUUGGGCCUUGCAAGGAUCUGCAAGUGUUUCAUACUGAAAAGAAGGGUUGGGGGCUCCAGUGUGCAAAGACUAUCCCUGUCAGGAGUUUUGUAUGUGAAUAUGCUGGAGAGGUGCUGGGAGUUAGAGAAGCAAAGCGACGAGCAGCAGCUUCCCCAGCAGGAAGUGCAAAUUACAUCUAUGUAAUCCGUGAACAUGUUGUCACAGGAGUUCUACAGACAGUGAUUGACCCAACAUGGAUUGGGAACAUAGGUCGAUAUAUCAAUCACUCGUGCCAACCAAAUCUCUUUCCCGUCCUUGUUAGGGUUGGAUCGCCCGUCCCAAAACUGUGCUUCUUUGCUCUGGAUAAUAUUACUGCUGGUCAGGAGUUGACCUUCGAUUAUUCAGGGCUCGUUGAGGAGAAAAUGCAAAGCUCAAGAUGCCCAUGUGCCUGCCAAACACCUGUAUGCCGUGGUUUUCUUCCAUUUCAUCCCUCUGUGUUUGAUUCCCCUGUUCCCUGACUAACUCAUGUUGCUGUCUGUUUUGUUUUUCUUUUUUUUUUUUUGGUUGUGUAAUUUAAAGGCACAGUAUUUGUUGAUGACAUUCUUGUUCAUUUGCCAAGGUCAUAAUGGUCCAUCUGUUGUAACAUGCACUAAAUAUCUGAUUAAACUUGCUCCCAUCCCACCUCUUUCUAGAUUAUUUCAGAAAAUUGCAGGAUACAAUUAUCUCUCCCCUUGUUCAAUCUGCCAUGUAGAAUGGAAUCAUAAUAAAGCAGUUGACCCUU